AUGGACGCGCCUCCUGGGGUGGACCUGCUGGCGGACCCCAGUGACCCUCUUUCCCCUACGCCGCAGUGGUGCCGGGUUCUCACAGGUGCCCCCCUCUUCCCGGUAGCGGGACUUGGGAAUGGAAAGGAAUGGGAAAAGGCUGCCUCCACAAGUAUCCAAAGCUUGCGUUUUCGGGAGCGCUUAAUCUGUCACGGAGAAAAUGCAGAUUGGAAGGAACGCCGCCUGCAGGUCAUUGGGGCAACAAUCUGUUCUGCAACUGCUGUGUUUGUGUACACUGAAACUGCUGUUUUAUUUUUCUUAAUCGUAGAUAAGAAGACGAGGGCUUUGAAACAAGAAGAUGCUUCUAAAAGGAAAGCAGAACUAGAAGCAGCUGUGAGAAAGAAGAUUGAGUUUGAAAGAAAAGCCCUGCACAUUGUUGAACAGCUUUUAGAAGAGAAUAUUACAGAAGAAUUCCUGAGAGAGUGUGGAAAGUUUAUCACACCUGCUCACUACAGUGAUGUCGUGGAUGAGCGUUCUAUCAUCAAACUCUGUGGUUAUCCUUUAUGUCAGAAGAAGCUAGGAAUUAUACCAAAACAGAGAUACAAAAUUUCUACCAAAACCAAUAAAGUCUACGACAUUACUGAAAGAAAGCUGGGUGACUUUCAACGAUUUACUUACUCUGAGUAUUCAAGUGUUUUUGUCUGUAACACAGCGAUCAUAAAGCAUCCUGAUUUUCAGUUGCUACAGGAAGGACAAAGUGGCCAUUCUGGAGAAGAAGUACAGUUAUGCACGAAGGCCAUUGAAACAUCAGAUAUCGACAAUUUUGGCCAUUUUGUGAAGCAUUAUGAUUCUACUUCUUCUAACACUCAUAGUGACAGUAGCAGUGAUAAUGAACAAGACUUUGUUUCUUCCAUUCGAGCAGGAAACAGACCAAAUGCAAUGUGUAUUAAGCCACAGCUGCACAAAAAAGGCAUAAUGAUAAAGAAAGCAAGUCAAAAAGCUAACUCCAACUGUGAAGACAAAGAACAGACAAUAGUAGGUGUCACUGAGCAGUUAGAUAAUUGCAGGCUAGACAGUCCAGAAAAAGCAGCUACUUACGAAUUUCCCUUGCAGAAAGUAAAUAGUCAGAUUUCUUCACAUAAUCUUUUGCAAGAAAAAUUAGAAGCUUCAGAAAUUUCUGAAAAUAAAUACAAUAGUUCAAAAAUAACACUAGUAGGUAUAAGUAAGAAAAGUGCUGAGCAUUUUAAGAGGAAAUUUGCCAGAUCAAAUCAAGUUUCUAGGGUAGCUUUUAGUUCAUUGCAGGUGUGUCCUGAAGUUGCAAAGAAAAACUUACUGAAAGCCCUGAAGGAGACUUUGAUUGAGUGGAAAACAGAAGAAACUUUGAGGUUUUUGCAUGGCCAAAAUUAUGCUUUUGUGUGUCUGGCACCCUCUUCAGCCCCUCUAGUUAAAGAAGAACUUGAUGAAGAUGAUGUAAACUCUGACUUCGAUAGUCAUUCCCCUGCCUUGAAGGAAUCUCUGAACAGCUUGGAUGAGUCUUUACCUUUUAAAGCCUCCGAUACAGCUAUUAAACCACUGCCAAGUUAUGAAAACUUGAAAAAAGAAACUGAAACAUUAAAUCUGAGGAUCAGGGAGUUUUAUAGAGGACAAUAUGUAUUGAAUGAAGAAAACACCAAAUCACAAAACUCAGAAAAGCAUGAUCCCACCUUUCCACUGAUAGACUCAAGUUCUCAGAACCAGAUCAGAAAACGCAUUGUACUUGAAAAAUUGAGUAAAGUAUUGCCUGGACUUCUAGGGCCUCUUCAGAUAACACCAGGAGAUAUUUACACACAACUUAAAGAACUUGUUAGAACAUUCAGAUUAACGAACAGAAAUAUCAUACACAAACCGGCAGAGUGGACCUUAAUUGCUCUGGUGUUGCUGUCACUGCUGAUCCCAACUCUUGGUAUUCAGAAGCAUUCUCAGGAAAAUGCCGUGUUUACACAGUUUAUAUCCACCCUGCUUGAAGAAUUACACUUAAAGAAUGAAGACCUUGAAAGUCUGACCAUCAUCUUUAAAACCAGAGUAGUGUAAUCCAUGAAGAGACUAGAAGAUGAACAUCUCUGUUCACCAUUUCUGAAACUCUGGCCAGAUGAUGGUUCAGUGGUCUCAAGAAAGACUAUGUAGGCCCCCUGGCUCCUUGUAUCGCUGGCUAUAACAAACAAAAAUUUGUCUUAAAUUGAAACUAUCAUGUCCUUUGAUUCCAGCCAUUAUGUGUGUUAACAAAAAGUUAAAUCAAAAAAUGCAGUCUAACAUAUGUGCUUUGGAAAUCUUCAAUAGCUGGUGCAACUGGUUGAAGUGCAGCACUGCAAGCGAGCCACAGCUGCUUUAGUGUGAGUUCAAUCCCUGACCCCGGAGGUGAUCU